AGUGCUGCCAAACGGCGUCGUUAGCAUCGACAUUUUUUUCGUUAACAAUACUGAUGAAGUUUAAAGCAACCAGGCAAUUUUCUCUCUUUUACCAGCCACUCCACGGGCGAGAGGGAGGGAGAGAGGCAAAACCCAGGAAAAAAAAAAAAAAUAGCUCUCCACCAAAUAUAUAAGCCAUCUUCCGAUGGCUUCUCAUCCUCUCAGCCUCUCAUUCCUCCUCCUCUCCGUUCUCAUCUCCUCCGUCUCCUCAUCUUCUCAACCCAUCAUCCAGCUGCCGACAACAACCGACCGGAAAUCCAACAUUGACGACGACCUUUACUGUGCCAGCUGGCAUUUAGCCGUCGAGACCAACAACGCCGGAAGCUGGAAACAAAUCCCCACCCGUUGCGAGUCCUUCGUCCAAGACUACAUGACUGGUCCACGCUACAUGUCGGAUUCCGAGAUCGUCGCUAACUACUCCCUCGCUUACGCCUUCUCCGUCGAGAUCGGACGCAACGGGAAGGACGCCUGGGUCUUCGAUAUCGAUGAGACUUUGUUGACGAAUUUACCCUACUACCAGGCCCAUGGAUUCGGAUCAGAAACUUUUGAUGAGAAUUCCUGGGAUGUGUGGGUGGACUUGGCCGAGGCGCCCGCUAUACCAGCGAGUUUGAAAUUGUACAAUGAGCUUAAGCAGAUGGGAUUUAAAAUAUUUGUGCUUACUGGGCGGAGUGAGAAUCAGAGGAAUGCCACGGCCAAGAAUCUUCUGUUUGCAGGGUACACCGACUUGGACAGGCUUAUCUUGAGAGGACCUUCAGACGAGGGAACACUGGCAACUGUAUAUAAAUCUGAGAAGAGAUCAGAUCUGGUAAAUGAAGGUUACACCAUUCAUGGGAGCUCGGGAGAUCAGUGGAGUGACUUGCUGGGUUUUGCAGUGGCAAAACGUUCAUUUAAACUGCCAAAUCCCAUGUAUUACGUUUCCUAAACAAUAUAAAGUAAUUGUGUCAUAUGUUGUAAUUCUUUACUUCCAGUUAUGUGGACCUAUUUGCUUCUGUAAAUUUCAUGGCUAGUUAAUACUUGUUA